AGCCCCCGCCUGGUCAUUCCCCACCCGCGGGCCGCCGCCAUGGACCCCACGCGGCGCUUGGGGGGGGGGCGGGGGCAGGAUACCCCCCCCCGCCGAGAUGGGGGCAGCAGAGCCCCCCCGCGCCCAGCCAGAAGCGGAGCCUGGGCUCCGGGGAUCGGCCCCACCCCCCGCUGGGGCCCGGACUCCUGGGUUCGCCCAGGGGCGGCCUGAACUCUGAGCCCGGCUCCGGGGCGAGUCCGGCAGGCGCCUCCCACCAGCUGAUCCGGGCACCGCCCGGGCUGGGUGCGGCGUUUCCUGGUGCGGCGCUUCCUGGUGCUGCAGCCAUGAAAACUCCCGGUCCCGCCCUCCGCCCCAGCCCUGCCUCUUGCUGGCUGGAGAACCCUUUCCUGCGGGGCCACAGCCCUCUCCUCCCAGCAUGGGUAGAGGAGACCAGGGCCCGGCUUCUUCGCCCUCUCCCACCCCCUGCCCCCUGGCUGAGCUCCCUGACCCUCACGCCCUGCCUGGCGUCUGCCCCCAUCCCUGCACCCAGCCAGGCGCCCCUUGCCCCUGGAGGUGAGGAUGGGACCCCGGCCCGCAGCGAGGAGCUGGAGCUGCCCUGGUGGACUGAUGCUGCCCCUGACCCUUCUGGCUCACUGCCCCAGUACACCCUGGCGGAGUUGCCGGCUGAGCCGAGCCCAGAGGCCCUGAGUCAGAGGGACCCUAGCACCCAGCAGCCCCUCGGGAAGGGCCCCCAGCAGCACCUGAGAGAGCACAAGCAGGCCCUGGUGAACCUGGUGUGCUGCUCCCUCGUGGAGGGGCCCGAUUUGGGGGCCCCCAGUGACGCGACGCGUGGGCGCCUGGUAGAGCUGUGCGAGGAGCUGGCCCAGCUGGAGCCUGAGUUCAUCCUUAAGGUCGCUCUGUAUACGCGCCAAGAGCUGAACAUCCGGGGAACGGCCAACUUCCUGCUGGCACUGGCAGCCCGGCUGCCGCCCUGCCGGCCCCACCUGCGCCGCUACGUGUGUGCCACCCUGCAGCUGCCCACCGACUGGAUCCAGGUGGUGGCGCUCUUCCAGAGCCUGGCGGAAGCAGGACGCCCCCUGGCCCCGCUGCCCCGCUGCCUCCGCGCUGGCCUGGCAGACAAGUUCCAGCAAUUUGAUGCCUACCAGCUGGCCAAGUACAACUCGCACAAGAGCCGCGGCAAAGCCAGGGGGCGCCCACGGCCCCGCCGGCCGGGGAGGGAACUCAGGAGUCCUGCGCUCGAGCCCCAGCACUGCCAGCCAAUUCUUCCUCCUGGAGCCGCCCCCCAGAGACCUCUGCCCUGGACGAGGAGAUUCCGGGUGCGCCAGACAUUAGGCAAGCUUCAGAUGAAGUUUGAAAGUGGUCAGCCAUUCGAGAAGCCCCGCGAGACGAAGCCCUUCUCCCUGAAGGCGCUGAUCCGAUGGCUGCAUAUCUCCAAGCCGGCCCAGCACGUCAUGAGUCUGCUGGGCUGCAGGUAUCCCUCGGACCUGAACUCCUUCUCCCGGAGCCACCUGCCAGGGCCCUGGGACCCCACCCAGGCCGGGACCCGAAUGAAACUUCCGCAGCCCCAGACCUGGGACCGGCAGCUUAGCCAGCGUGGGAACACGGCUGCGGUCUGGGAGGAACUGAUCGACUCGGGGAAGCUGCCAUUCAUGGCCAUGCUCAGGAACCUGCGCAACAUAAUCCUGGCCGGGGUGAGCGAGCAGCACCACCAGCGAGUGCUCAGCCGGCUGCAGAACAAGGAGUCCGUCAUCCGCAGCCGGCAGUUCCCCUUCCAGUUCCUGGCGGCAAAUAAAGUCAUCCAGGACAUGGAGGAGCAGCUGAGGAAGAAAGACAGUCCUUGCCCCUCUAACGUGGAGCUGCUGCGGGUGCUGAUGAGGCGCUGGAAGAAGCAGCCGGGGGUCCGGCCCGGGUGGCCGACCUGGACGCGCAAGGAGCUGCGCGCGGCCUUGUCCAUCCCUUUCCUCUUCCGCGCGGUGAAGAGCGAAAAGCAGCGGCUGCAGAAGGCCAGGGAGCUGCGUCCUGACCCCACCCUCCUGCUCCGCUAUCGCCGGGCCCUGGACGCCGCCAUCUGCAUCUCCGCCCGGCACAACCUGCCCCCCCUGCCUGGCCGCACCCUCAUCCUCUGCAGCACCUCCCGCAACAUGGCAAAGCCCUACCACCAGGCCCGAGAGCUGCGCGGCCUCCGCCCGGAGCCCAUGACAACGCUGGAGGUGGCCCUGCUGCUGGGCCUGAUGGGCCGGGAGGUGGCAGAGCAGGCGCGCCUGGUGCUGUACGGCCGUGGCCACUGGGAGGAGGUGCAGGCGCUGGCCGGGUCGCUGCUGGAGAAUGUCCAGAGCCUGCACCAGCAGGUCCAGGCCACAAUGGAGCCGAGCAGCAGCUCCAGCUCCAGCUCCAGCUCCAGCUCCAGCACCGUCAGCGACGUCCUCUCGGACCUGGUGGCUCGUGGGGAGCCGGCCACAACGGAGCCGAGCAGCAGCUCCAGCUCCAGCACCGUCAGCGACGUCCUCUGGGACCUGGUGGCUCGUGGGGAACCGGUCGACACCCUGCUCGUGCUGAGCCACGGCUCUGAGGGCCCCGAGGCCAUCCCCGCCCUGCAGCUGCUGCGGGAUCGUGUUGCCCCCAACUGCCUCUUCGUGAACCUCCUCCUGAGUAAAUGGAGUUUCCAGGGGGUCCCUAUGGACGAGGUGGAGCUGGUUGGGUUCAGUGAGCAGGCGCUCAGGUUCCUGGCCGUGCGCGGCUCCUCCCACCUGCUGGAGCACGUGGGCAGGAUGGAUGAGAUCCACGGGCUGCCCCCCCCGCUGGGGGCACCCCGCAGGCACCCAGAGCUUUCCUCCGUCCCUCCCGCCCUGACCCCCGCCCCCCGGAGCAGGUGGCGCAGCAUCCGCUUGUUCAUCUCGUCGCCGGUGCGGGACAUGCAGGGCGAGCGGGACGUGCUGCUCCGGGCCGUGCUGCCCGCCCUGCGUGCCCGCGCCGCCCCCCACCGCCUGGCGCUGCAGGAGAUCGACCUGCGCUGGGGCAUCACCGAGCAGGAGGCGCAGCAGGAGCGGCAGCUGGAACUGUGCCUCUCGGAGGUGGCCCGGAGCCAGCUCUUUGUGGGCAUUUUGGGGGAGCGUUACGGCUACGUACCCCGAGAAUACUCCCUGCCGGACGCCCCCCAGUACGAGUGGGUGAAGUCGUACCCUCGGGGCCGCUCCAUCACCGAGCUGGAGGUCAUGCAGUUCCUCAGCAGCCAGCGCAACUCUGGUUCUGCUGCCCAGGCGUUCUUCUACCUCCGCGAGCCAGAUUUCCUUGGGUCCGUGCCGGAAGCCUGGAGGGCAGAUUUUGUGGCAGAGUCAGAGGAUGCUCAGCUUCGGAUGGCAGAUCUGAAGGGGCAUUUGGGCCAGCACCCGGGGGUGGCGUCUGUCAGCAGGUACUCCUGCCAGUGGGGCGGUAUGGCCCAGGGCCGGCCGUAUGUCAAGGGGCUGGAGGAGUUUGGGGCCCGGGUGCUGCAGGAUCUGUGGGGCGCCCUCCAACGCCAGUUCCUCCAGGCUGAGUCGGAGCCCCCUGGGGGCGAGGAGGAGGAGGGGCAGGAGCUGCAAGAUGCCUUCCAGGACUUCCAGCAGCGCCAGUUCUGUGCCCGGGGCAAGCUGCUGGGCGCCGUGGCCGGGCGGGUGCGUGAGGGCCGGCCCCCCCGCCGCGGGGCAGGGGGCGGGCUCUACGUGGUGACCGGGGCGCCUGGCGAUGGCAAGACUGUCUUCAUGGCGGCGCUGGCGCGGGAGCUGAGCGCCCAUCCCCCGGCCCAGGACACCUCCCCCACCCGCUGCCUGGUCGUCUCCCACUUCACCGGGGCCCGGCCGGACCAGGCCAGCGCCAGGGUGGUGCUGAGACAGUUGUGUGCCCGCCUGAGCCGUCUGCUGGGCCAGACGGCCCCGCCCCCCGCCAGCUACAGGGGGCUGGUGUGCUGUCUGGAGUCCCUCCUGCCCGCGGUGGCCGGGUUGCUCCGGGGAGCCCAGCGCCUUGCUGUGCUGCUCGACGGGGCUGACCAGAUCCACGGGGACAGUGGGCAGCCCGUCUCUGACUGGCUCCCGGCACGGCUGCCCCCGCGCGUGAGCCUGGUUCUGAGCAUCGGUGAGGGCGCCAGACUCCUGCAUUCCCUACAGCGACGGGCGGACACAGUCGUCAUCCCCCUGGGGUCUCUGGACCCCUGCGACCAGGCUGGGCUGGUCCGCCGGGACCUCGCCCUGUAUGGCAAGAAGCUGGAGGAGACAGCCUUCAACAACCAGAUGCGGCUGGUGCUAAUGAAGCGCGGUGCCCGGCAGCCCCUCUACCUGGCACUGCUCACCCAGGACCUGCGAGCCUUCACCAUCUAUGAAAAGGUCUCGGAGAGGAUCCAGACGCUGCCCCCGGCGCUGCCCGCCCUGCUGCAGCACAUGCUGGGCUGCCUGGAGCAGGAGCACGGGGCUGAGCCAGUGGCCAUAGCCGUCGCCGCCCUCUGGGCCAGCAAAGACGGCCUGCUGGAGCGCGAUCUCCUCGCCGUGCUCACCAUGUGGAGGGAGCUGGGCGGGGCGCCCGUCACCUGGGAGGGAGGCAUGGCUGCUGGGGGCCGUGCGGCGACCAUCCCCAAGGCCCCCAUCUAUUCCCUGAUGAGGAGCCUGAGGGGGCUGGCGGGGGUGUGUGGGGCCCCCUCGGAGGCCCCCGGCUCGCGGCUCCACCUCUGCGGUGCCCCGCUGCGGACGGCAGUGGAACGGCGCUACCUGAAGGAACCGGGCCUGGAGCGCGCGGCUCACGCUCUGAUAGCAGCUCAUCUCUGGAAACUCUGCGACCCGGACGUGUCCCGGAGCUUCCAGGGCAGCGAGGCCGGGCCCCUGGCGGCUCUGCCCUACCACCUGGUCUGCGCUGGACGCCCCGACCUCCUGGGCUCCCUCCUGACGGACCUUCGCUUCGUGGCCGCCCACGUCCGCCUGGGGCUGCUGCCCGUGCUGGGCCAGGCCUAUGCCCUGCACGCGGGCAGCGCCCAGCCCCCGGGCGAGGUGGGCGCGUUCCGGGCGAUGCUGCAGGCGGGCGCGGCGCUGCUCUCCCAGAACCCGGCGCUCCUGGCCCAGCUGGCAGCCAAUGCGCCCGACGGCUCCUCGCUGGGCACCCAGGCCCGGGCCCUGGCCCCCCCGGGGGGGCGUCUGCUGCUCUGGCGCAACAAGGCCCAGGAAGCCCCCGACCCUGACAGCAUCGCCCUGGCCCUGCCCACGUCCCCCACCUGUGUGGCCGUCUCCCCCUGCGGGCGCCAGGCUGCCGUGGGCAGCACCGAUGGGACCCUGCACCUGCUGGACAUGCAGAGUGGCCAGGAGCUGAAGACCCUGCUGAGUGGCGGCGCUGGGAUCUCGGCCUGCGUCUUCCUGGCUGACGGGACCCUCUGUCUGGGCACCUCCACUGGGGGACUGGAGACCUGGGGCCUGCGUGAGGGCAGCAGGCUCCUGGCUACUGAUGCUCACCGGGGCCGGGUCACGGGCUGCUGCGUCAGCCCUGAUCGCAGACAGCUGGCCAGCGUCUCCCUGGACGGGCACUUCAAGCUGUGGGACUCUGCCCAGGGGCACCUAACCUGGGAGCUGGAUCUCUCCUGCCCCUUGAACUGUGCUGCCUUCCACCCUGACGGGCAGCUAGUGGCCACCGGGGGCUGGGACGGCGCCGUGACCAUCCUGGGCCUGCAGAACCGGAGCGUGAGCUCGGUUCUCUCAGGCCAUGACACCUCCGUCCGCGCCGUGUCCUUCUCCCCUGCGGGCACCGUGCUGGCGUCUGGCUGCCUGGCCGGAACGGUGCAUCUCUGGUCCUGGCGGGAGGCCGUGAGCCUGGCCACGUUCCCAGCACACCGGGGCUUCGUCUCCGACGUCAAGUUUCUCUCGGGGGGCCAGGUCCUCCUCACGGCGGGCGAGGACUCAAAGGUUCAGCUCUGGCCAGGGCACCUGGGCCGUGCCCGGGGCGCUCUGGGCUCAGGGCCGCUUUCUCCAGCCCUCUGCGUGGCCCCCAACCCCGCUGGCACCCUGCUCGCUGUGGGGCACCAUUCAGACGAUGUUUGGGUCUACGGCACUCCCUGGGGCUCGGCCGGGCGGCGCUGCCUGGCAGGGGGGGUGGCGGUGCCCAGCCUGGCUUGGCUCGGGGAUGCCGUGCUGGCCGGAGGCAGCGGGGACGGGACCCUGCGGGGCUGGGCGCUGGCGAGCCGCUCGGCCUGCCCCCUCUGGGAGCUGCGGUGGCACAAAGGGGCCGUGCUGGGCCUGGCCGCCUCGCCCCAGCUGCUGGCGUCUGCCUCAGAGGAUUUCACCGUCUGCCUGUGGCUGGCCGAGACGCUGAGACGGGCCCUCCCGGACCCUCCCCCAGCCCCCCUGGCCGUCCUGCGGGGCCACACGGCUGCUGUCACCUGCUGCGCCUUCAGCGCCAACGGCCAGCACCUUGCCACGGGGGGCAGGGACAAGACCCUGCUGUGCUGGGACGUGGGGGACCCCGCACCGGGAGCCCCCCCACUCUGGCGCUCGCUCCCCUUCUGCCACCGCGACUGGCUCACCGGCUGCGUCUGGGUCGGGCCCCUGCUGCUCUCCUGCUCCAGCGAUGGCACCGUGCGGCUCUGGGACCCGGCCAGCGGCCAGCAGCUCCGCGAGUUCCUGCCCCACUGCGGCCCUGUCAGCGCCGUCCUGGCCACGGCUGGGCACGUGCUGGCGCUGGGCCGCGACGGGACGCUGGCAGCGUGGGACAUGCAGGGCGUGGAGCUGACCCGCUUCCCGGCGCACCCCGGGCUGGUGAACCAGGGCGCCGGCUUCGUGGGGGCAGUGCCCAUCUCUCCGGGUCGCUCUCUUCCUGCAGACGGCGAUUUCAUGGUGGCCACCGCCGGCGGCAACGGGCGGGUGCAGCUCUGGCGCCCCCUCGAGUUCGGCCGCCCGCAGACACUGGCGGGGCACAGUGCCCCGGUGUGUGGCGCUGCCGUGAGCCCGGCUGCCGCCCGCGUCCUGACGGUGUCGGGGGAUGGAGCUGUGCGCGGGUGGGCAGCGCCCUGGCAGACGGGAUGUGCCGAGGGGCCCGGCUGGCACCGUGGGGCCGUCUCUGCCCUGGCCUGGUCUCCCGACGGGACGCUGGCAGUGUCGGGCGGGGAGUGUGGGGAGCUGAUUGUGUGGGGGGAGGCCAAGGCCCUGGCCACAGUGCAGGCCGGCUCGCGCAGCGUGUGCGCUCUCGGCUUCGCCUCCUCCUCCCGCCUCCUGGUGGCACCGGCAGCUGGGAGCAUCUGCCUGUGGGGCCUGCAUAGCGACCGCACUACCGGGGCCCUCAGCCUGCAGUGUAAGCGCCGCCUGGGGGAGGUGGCAGCUCCUGUUACCUGCAUGGGGCCAGCCGGGGACCCCGACUCCCUGGUCCUGGGGCUGGCGAACGGGGAGGUGCUGCUGUUCGAAGCCCACCGGCCAGCGCUGAAGCCCCUCUGCUCAGUCAGCCCAGGCCCCCGGGGUCCAUACUCCCCCGAGUACCUGUUCGACGUGGCUGUGACCCCCGAUGGGCGGCUGCUUCUGUGGAAGGGGGUGAGAGAACCCACCCUGUACGAACUGCGGGAGGGGGAGUCGGAGGAACUGGAGAAAUCCCGGGAGGCCAAGAUCCACCUCUGGGAGCGGGAUGAGGAUUCCAGCUGGUUCAGCAGGGCCUGGCUCAGCCCCGACUCCUCACUGCUCCUCGCCAGCUCGACCGGGCUGCUCUGGACUCGGGCCCGGUGGAGCCAGGAGGACGACGCAGCCGAGUCCUGGAGCAGCGCCGGGUGGCAGAAGCAGCAGAUCCACAGCGCCAAGGUCUCGGCGCUGCACUGCUGCGGGGACGUGCUGGUGACGGCGGCGCUGGACGGAGACGUCAAGAUCUGGGAGCACGUCACGGGGAGGCUGCUGGGGCAGUUCCAUUGCGCUGCCCCCGUCUCCUGCCUGCAACCCCGGCCCGGUCCGGCCUCCCAGCUGCUCUUGGCCGUGGGCGACAACCUGGGCAAUGUCUAUUUCCUGGAGUGGGCCUGUCUGCGGGGGGCCGAGGCUGAGCCCUGACCCACGGGAGCGGCCAUGCCACAAUAAAGCCACUCGCUGAGCUCCACAGAA